AUGGAGCGCGCCUUGGCCCGCUGGCCUCGGCUGCAGCUCCUCGGGAGAACCGGGGCGCCCACGCGAGAAUCUCCCCACCUGUUGGGUGCCGAAGGGCCCCUGGACGUGUGUUGGGGGGGCGCUGAUCGAUGUCCACAGGUGGAUUCUGGCAUGCGAUGGCGGGUGUCGUGUUUCGAGGACAUAGUGGCCCUGCGCGAUGUGCUGGUCUGUGGGCCAGGCGCUGCGGGGGCGCGGGAGGCUCUGCUGCGCGCGCGCGCCGCAGGUGGCUGCGCUCCUGAGUCCUGGACCACCUCCCGAUGCUACGCCGCUGCCAAGGUGCUUGCUGAUCACCUCCCCCUGAUGAUCUCCCUGUUCUUUCUGGGGAAUGGGGACAAGAAGAGCAGCCUCCCAGGGUUGUUCCAAGCUUCUCGAAAGGCCUGUCUACACUUGCUGUCUUCCUUCCUCACCUCCAAUUUCCUCUUCAACCCACUGCUUCCUGACUUGUUCUGCUCCGUCGAACGACCCUACCUCAGGCCCCUCGUCUUGUCCCACUGGGUGUUAGCCACAGCCUGCCCCUGGGAGGCCUGGGCUCUGCCGUGCCCCAGGCCUCACGGCCGGUGUGGGGGCUACCAGCUGGGCCCGUUGCUUCUUCACCUCUUCGUGUCCUUGCUCAUCUCCACGACCCGCCUCCUUCCACUGAAAACCAUGCAGCAGGUCCGCCCUGUCCCCGGCACACCGGCUGGGCCGGCCGAAGACCCGGACGGAAGAGGCCGGAACAGCCCCCCGAGGACGCCGUUCUGCCCCAGGGAGCCCGCCGAGCUGCUUGCCGCCAGCCCCGUGCCUCUCCACUUCCACCCGUUUUGGGCUGAAGACCCCACCCGGAAUCCUCCACGGAAGGAGAGACCUUCACGCGCCACCCAGCACCCUCCGACGUUCAAAUCCCUCCGCAGCCACAGGGACACCCUGCACACGUUCCCGCGGGACAGGCCGGACCCAAAGACUCUGGACCAGGGCCGCCCCCUGCGAGGAGGGGCAAGCCCUCCUGGCCUCUCCUUGGGUAGCCACCCGUCCUCUGACUGAUGGACUGCACUGAUCUGAGGCUCAGACACGUGGGCUGGACCCCUGCCCACCCCUCAGGAGCCCUGAGACUUGGGGGAACCGCGGAGCGUUCACUGGCCCACACUGAGGACACCUACCUCACAGGGUUGUUGUGAGGAGUGAGCGAUGUGGUUUGAAAGCGCCUGACCUGGGGCUUGGCACACCCUAUUGUGCUCUCAAUAAAUGUGUUUCUUGCCUUAA